AUGGUGUCACCAAGAUUCAGAGCAGUAACACGAAGCUUCAGACACAUGCCGAGCUACCGCCGGUACCUGAACGCAAAUCCCAUCACUGGUCGCAAAGAGCGUCUUGACGAUCUUAUGCCCAGUCUGCAAUACAAUGCAAGCGGCCAGCUGAUACUCGCGCCCGGCGAGGUCUUCUGUCGCUGGCGAAACGACGACGGUACUUUAUGCAAAAGGGAGAGUGAUGAUGGAGGAAAGGCCAAGGAUGGUGGCAAUGGGGCAGGGAAGUACAUGAAGCGAUUCUAUGCCAAUGAAGAGCAGGAAUAA